UUUGCUACUUUUACAGGCUUCCGGGACUCCAGUUGCAGCUCACUGAAUCAUCCAGAAGGCUCUCUAAUCGAGGACAUAAAGGACGCUACUCUUUCGCUAGAGACCUCACCAACUGCUUCUCCACAACCCCUUCUUCCCCUUCUUGCACCUUCUCCAUUGGCACCUUUCACAAACAGCACUUCGCCUAAACUAUCUGGACUCUGUACAUUAAACUUUGAUGCUGUGAAAAAUAUGAUGUCCGUGACAUCAAUAGAUUGUGUAGCACCGUUUGCAGAGUAUCUGGCUAAUGUCAUGUGUUGCCCUCAACUGGAAACAACUCUUGUUAUUCUUAUUGGACGGUCUAGUAAAAACUCAAAUAUGCUUGCUUUAAACGGGACUCUCGCAAAACAUUGCCUUUCAGAUUUUCAGCAACUCCUGGUCAGCCAGGGUGCCAAUGAUACUCUGCAGCAGAUAUGCUCUCUUCAUCCAGAAAUCCUUACCGAAGGUUCUUGUCCAGUCAAAGAUGUUCAUGAGUUUGAGACCACUGUGGAUUCAUCUAGCCUACUUGCUGCCUGUAGCAAGAUCGAUCUUGUGAAUGAAUGCUGUGAGCAAAUUUGCGGAAAUGCUAUAACAGAAGCUGCUAAAUCACUUGCACUUAAAGCAUAUGAUAUUUCAAGGAUGGAUGGCUCUCAUGUGCUGUCUGAUCACACAACUAGAGUUAAAGACUGUAAAAGGAUUGUACGCCGAUGGCUGGCAAGUAAACUUGAACCUGCUGGAGCAAAACGUGUUCUCAGAGGACUUUCUAAUUGCAAAAACAAUAAAGUGUGUCCUUUGGUUUUUCCUAAUACGAAAAAUGUUACAAAGGCUUGUGGAGGUGGGAUGAAUAACCAAACAGCAUGUUGUAAUACCAUCGAAAGGUAUGUGUCUCACUUACAGCGCCAGAGCUUUGUCACCAACUUGCAAGCUUUGGAUUGUGCCGCCUCGCUUGGACUUAAGCUACAGAAAGGCAAUGUUAGCAAAAAUGUCUACGAUCUCUGUCGCAUUAGCCUCAAGGAUUUUUCUGUACAAGUUGCAACAGAAGGUAAUGUACCUACUUUACGUGUUCGCAAGUCCAUUCCAUACCCCUUGCUUUUUCACUUUUUCGCCUUUGUUCCUUGCAUCACGUUACCUGCUUUGACAAUUAAUACUCCUGGUAAUGAGGUACAUCGAGAUGCUUUGACAGAUAUGAUAAAUUAUGAACUCAAAGAACAUUAUGACUAACAGAACUUUUCGAAAGAAAGAACACUGAACUAAUGUUGUCUGUACAGAAGAACAAUUUAUUGGAUUAAGGUGGUCUAUGUCAUAUCCUUACCUGCCUCAUCUUUUCUUUUUUAUCUCAAAUUUUU